AUGGCCACUGCCUUGAGUCUGUACAGCUGCCACAGGUCAGACUUCUCUGGUUUUACGAGAGUCAGGGUUACAGGAAACUCUAACUUCCUGGAUAACUUCUUUAUCAAGUAUCUGAAGAAACCCAUUCACAGGAGCUUGGUCACUAAUUCAUGUCCCAACAGCAGAGCUGGGAUCCAGUUGAUAGAUGGAGACCUCUGAUCCCUGAAUGCUGCAAAGCAGAUUGAUGAUUUGGUUGAAGUAGACUACUCCUUAAGUGGCUUGCCAGCAGUAUUCCAACCAUUCAUUGACCUGGACUUAAAGGGCAUAGUCUUCCCAGCUUGAAACUAUACUGACUCUUCCUAUGUGGCAGCUUCCCUCACAAUCCCAGACCAAAGGGACUCCAUGCUGUACCUUGCCUUCUCUGAGUAUUUCUUUCAGACCUCCCCAUUUGCUUACUACACCGCAGGGGCCUUCAACAUGAUCAUUGCAGAUGAGACUUGCAGCUAUUUUAAUAUAAACACAGAGAUAUUUAGCAGUAUCAUCCCUGAGGUAUCUAAAUGUUCAGUUGCACCCUACCCGAUGUUGAAGCUAAUGUCUACUGAAAUUCCUAUCAUCAGCUUACAGCAGGAUUCCUUCAUAGUAAAGAUUCAGGACUCCGUGGAGGUGUUGGCCAUUCUGCCAGACUCAACCACCCAGUCUCUGUUUACACUGAAGAUAGCAGCCAAUACCAGCCUUUCUCUGAACAUAUUUGAUCAGAAAUUGAUGGGCUUGCUAUGUUUGAACAGGAUCCAGUUCUCCCCAGCCCACUCCAAUGUUGGCUCUUUUGAGCUCUUGCUUCUGGAGAACAUCCUAUCUUACAUUUUACAGACUGAAGUAAUUCCAUCAGCUAAUGCUAAACUGUCAAAAGGAUUCCCUCUUCCCAAUCUGGCCAAUGUUACCUUGACAAGACCUCACAUUACAAUUGUACAGGGAUGUGUUGAUUUUGACUGAUGCCACUACAAACAUUAAAGGAGAAGAGAGGCCACUUGAUAAGAAUGAACUUCAAAUCAAGUCAAUGAUGUGACUCUGAAGACUAAACACCGUCCAGUUCUGCUGAAAUGUUUAACUUGAGCUCUGACAACCCCUGUCCUGGUAGGGGGCAAGAAGGGGUGCUAGGAAAAAAUCAAAAAUCAAAAAUAGUUGAUUAAAUGAUUAGCUGGUGUAAUGGUAACAAGCAGACCCAAAAGAGAACAUGUAACACAUGCCUGACAUUUAUUUAUUCUAUAGUAUAACUAAUGCAAAAGUGUCUGAGAUUAAUGACUCUUUUGAAAUACAAUUUUGUCUACACGCUUCCAGAAGGAUUCUGCAAUCUCUUAAAAUUAGGGAAAGUACAUUGUCAAAAUGCCGCUAGGGCAGAUACAGCUGCUAAUAUGUUUCUACUGUAACAAGUUUAAACACUUCCCUUCUGCACCCCAUGCAUGAAGUAGGGAGUGAACCCUCUCCAGAACUGUGGAACUGUCAGACUGACAACUGCCCAGUUACAAUGGGAACUAAAAUCUUUGCAGUGCCUUAACAGAGGAUGCAGAACAGGACCUGAGCCAAUGGCACUACUACUCUCCAUCUCUCCCUGUGACUCUUCAAAUCCUUGUGCCUGUUUUGUGCUGUUUAGCCAGGUUAGAUACAUUGAACUCCUUCAGUGUUUCUCGUUAAGUCCUCUAAAGCUAAUUUUCUGACGUCUUUGUCUGAAUUGAAGGUUAGAUACUUUUCUUACUUCCUCUGAGUAUGUUAUCCUAACCUCUUUCUUUCUCCUCCUUUCUUCCCCGUACUUUAUUAGCGUGCAAAUGUGACCACAGUUCUGCAGAGGGCCAUGCCAGCCCUACAGUGCAUAGGUGCUUGUGCUUCGGCCAAACCCGGACGGGGAGCCGGCUCUGGCCUCCCCAACACGUUUCCUUCAGCCGAGAAAACAUCAGCGAUGGGGUGCGGGCAGCUUUUGCCUGUCCCGCCUAAAUACCCCAGGGGAAAAGCUACUCUGCCCCAGAGGUCAGCACGCACAGGCCCUUGGAAAAAAAUACUCGGGGUUUUCCCCACAGACUAGCCCAGAAGCCGUACGCGGUGUGAGGGGGAGGCAGCCAGUACAACCCAGCCCCCUGCGCUCCCUCGCACACCCCGGCCCGCGGUACCGGGUGCCUGCCGCGGGCCGCCGCAGCACCGCGGGAGACGGGCCCGGCCCGGGCCGGGUCAG